AUGGACUCCGACGACGGCUCCGAGCGAGGGACUCGUUCCGAUGCCGAGCGUCCAGCCUCAUCAAGACAGAGCUCUUCCAAGCAUGUCCACACCCACGACUCCCGUCACAAGCACAGCAAGCCAUGGACUGCUCGUCUCUACCGCAAGCAUGAUCUCAAGCACCACAACAUCACCGCAGACCCUGCCGACGCAGAAGCUGCCCCUUUGCUUCGCUCAGAAGAGCCGGAAGAGACCGAGGACGAAGCUGAACAACGUCCUGGUGUAGACACCCGAGGCCAUCGUCACUCCCAUUCUCACGCUGCCCUCGACGAAGGCAGUCGUAUCUUCCAUGGAGCCCGAGAUGCGUCUCGAGAUUGCCUCAAGUCCCUGAAGGACGCUGCUAAAAAGGCCGGCCAAGCUGUUGCAGAUGGUGCUAAAAAGGCUGCUGAGGGAGCCAAGAACGCCGCUCAAAAAGUCGCAGACGGCAACAAGAAGGCUGCUCAGGCAGUCAAGAACAACCCAAAGCGAACUAUGGGUGCAAUCAUCGCGGCUCUUCUGGCGACUUCGAUAGCUCUCGGUACUGAUCUGAUCAUCGACCACAAGAAGUACCAUCAUAAUCGAGGCGAACUCUGCACGACUCCGGCAUGUGUACGAGCUGCCGAGUCCAUUCUUUUGUACUUGGAUCCAGUCGAAGUUGACCAGGACAGCGACGUGGCUGUUCGACGCACUAUCGACCCCUGCACUGACUUUGACAAGUUUGCAUGCGGCGGGUUUGACAAGACGCACACCAUCCCUGCCGACAUGGGUGAUAUGUCUACGUUCACUGUUCAGGCAGAGGCAAAUGAGGCCGUCUUCAAGCGCAUCCUUGAACAGCCCAAGGCCAAGGUUGCUGGGAAAGACAUGGCACUCAUGACCAUGCUCAAGCAGUCUUACGAUACAUGCAUGAACACCGAACAGGCUCAAGACGCCGGUCUGAAGCCUCUGAAAGAGCUCGUCGGUCGUAUCAAGGACUUCAUUGGUCCCAAUGCCAUUCAUGGCGGACCACGACGUCUGUCCACCGUUCUCACCACUGGCAGCCCUAUCAAGGGCCUCAAUGAUGCUAUUGCCUUUCUGGCACAGAUAGGCAUUGACGCAUUGGUAGAGCUCGACAUCGUGGCAAGCCCAAGUGACCCCAAGAAGGACACGGUCAAGGUCUCCCCAGCUCUGGCUAUCGGUCUCCCAGCUCCUGAUUUCUAUCGCGAUGCCACGCUUGUGGUCGAAUACCGGCGUGUCGCCGCGAUCACGCUUGACAUCUUCUACGACGUCCAUCUAAAUACAAGCCGGCUUCUUGGACGACACCGUAACAUUCACUCCUCCGUCCUGAACCUUGCCCAAGGUGUAAUCGACCUCGAAGUCAAGCUUGCACUUGCUCUCCCGUUGCCAGAGGAGCUCACUCGUCCCUCGACCAGCAAAGACGAGAUACCUAUCAACAGAACGGCUUCUUUGCUCCCACAGCUUGAUCUUCAGAAACUCAUCAAAGACAUCGGUGCAUCGUCGUAUCAGCCAGGGAAGAUUGUGGUGCCGUCCACCGAGUAUCUCAAGCGCCUGUCCUUUGUGCUCACUGGCACCCCAGUUGAGGUCCUUCAGGCAUUCUUGUCAUGGAAGGCCAUCCAGAAGUACGCGGAUGGGGUUGAUGAUCCUCGUCUCGAUGCUCUCAAGCAAUUCAAGGCCAAGGUUAAGGGCGCGGCUCAAAAUCUGCCCGAUGGACGACCACGGCAUUGUGUUCGCGAGACCAACAACAUGCUUGGGUGGGCAAUGUCUCGCUUCUAUGUCCAACGCAAAUGGAAUGAGGACAAGCAUGAUGCAUCUGCAGCUGUUGCCCGUUACGUCAAGUAUGCUCUAUCAGCUCUCAUUGGCAACGCACCUGGAUCACAGACGAUGACAAGAUGA